UCUGCCUUAAUUUUCCCCCGAGCGUGCGUGUAUUGAUGUCCUACGCAGGGAUGAUGGAUGGCAGAAGGACAGAAAUACGCCAGCAGCAGGGGCGCUCAACACUUUUUUAAACUCUCCCGGCCCCUCUCCUUCCCCCGGCGAUCAUCAAUGAGCCUCGGAGCGGGAGAAAGAAGGGAAAAGAAUCCGGACGAGCUUCGGCAAGGGUUGGCGGUGCCGGCGGCGGCAGCAGCGGCUUCGCCUUUCUUUAAAAGGGGGGCAGAGCGACGGUGCACAAAAGGGAAGGACGACCGGAGGACCCGACUCGCUCUUCCGCACCCCUGAAGUGGACGAUGGGGAGCUGGGCUCGCCGUCCUGCUCUGGAGCCGGAACAGCCGCUGGCCGCGUGAAAACUUCUCUUAGGGACCGAGAAGCUGGAAUAUGCAUGUCUAAGAUGGAAACAUCCACUUCAAUGGCUGCGGGGAAAAAAGAAGAGAAAAGUGUUCUUCUGGAAGACAAUGGCUUUAAUGAAACAACAAAAAAAACAGUUCCUUUAGCAGCUGCAGCAACAACAGCAGUGGUGACUCAAGGAGUUCCACAGCAUAUUUUUCCAGCCUUCCAUUCUCCUUUGCCAAUUGACAUGCGUCACCAAGAAGGAAGAUACCAUUAUGAACCUCACUCUCUUCAUGCAAUUCAUGGAACUGGAGUUCCAUCAAGACUCAGAGCUAACACUGAACCUUCCACUCUAAGCGGCAGCCCUGUUAUCUCUGAUAUCUCCCUCAUCCGUCUAUCCCCACACCCUGCAGGACCUGCAGAGUCACCUUUCAACCACCCUCAUCCAUACAUGAACCCCCACGUGGAACAUUACUUCCGAUCCAUGCACAGCAGCCCUACUCUGUCUAUGAUCUCAGCUGCUAGAGGCCUCAGCCCAGCUGAUGUAGCUCAUGAGCAUCUGAAAGAGAGAAGUCUCUUUGGCCUUCCCCCUCCUCCUCCAGGAGCCAACCCUGCAGACUACUAUCACCAGAUGACACUCAUGGCCAGCCACCCAAAUCCUUAUGGGGACCUCCUCAUGCAGAGUGGAGGAGCAGCCGGGGCCACGCAUCUUCAUGAUUACCUCAGCCCUGUAGAUGUGUCAAGAUUCUCCAGCCCAAGAGUAACACCAAGACUAAGCAGGAAACGAGCACUUUCUAUAUCGCCCUUGUCUGAUGCCAGCAUUGAUCUCCAGACCAUGAUCCGAACUUCGCCCAAUUCCCUGGUGGCAUAUAUCAAUAAUUCCAGAAGUAGUUCUGCAGCUAGUGGCUCUUAUGGCCAUUUAUCAGCAGGGGCAAUAAGUCCUGCCUUCACCUUCCCUCAUCCGAUCAACCCAGUGACAUACCAACAGAUUCUGAAUCAGCAAAGAGGCCUCAGCUCGGCAUUUGGACACACCCCUCCUUUCCUACAGCCCUCCCCCACUUUCCCUGCCCGGCAGCAUGUGGCAGUCAUCUCGGUCAAUUCUUCUCCUGCUCAGAUCAGCAACAGCAGCAACUGCAUCGCUGAGUCUAACCAGAACAAGCAAAGCAGUGAGUCAGCCGUUAGCAGCACAGUCAAUCCAGUAAUUAAUAAACGGAGUAAAGUCAAGACUGAAACAGAGACCCUACCAUCAGCGUCUCCACCGACUCAGGAACUUCUGACAGACUUGAAAGAGGAAUUUGAUAAGGAUGAAUGCAAGCAGGAGCCUGAAGUUAUUUAUGAAACCAACUGUCACUGGGAAGGUUGUGCAAAAGAGUACGAUACGCAGGAGCAGCUGGUCCACCACAUCAACAAUGAUCAUAUUCAUGGGGAGAAGAAGGAGUUUGUUUGUCGCUGGCAAGAAUGUACCCGGGAACAGAAGCCGUUCAAAGCACAAUACAUGUUAGUAGUGCACAUGCGAAGACAUACUGGAGAAAAACCCCACAAGUGCACGUUUGAAGGUUGCUCCAAAGCCUAUUCACGGCUAGAGAACUUAAAGACACACCUGAGGUCUCAUACAGGAGAAAAACCGUAUGUCUGUGAACACGAGGGCUGCAAUAAGGCCUUUUCUAAUGCUUCUGAUCGAGCAAAACACCAGAACAGAACACAUUCCAAUGAGAAACCCUAUGUCUGCAAGAUCCCAGGCUGCACCAAGAGAUACACAGACCCCAGUUCUCUCAGGAAACACGUGAAGACUGUGCAUGGACCAGAGGCCCAUGUCACCAAGAAGCAACGCAAUGACAUUCACCUGAGGCCACCUGCCCUUAAGGAAAAUAGUGACAAUGAAGCAAGUGCCAAACAGAGCAGCAAGUCUACUGAAGAGCGGGCAGAGGCAAACAGCACCACCACAGGCACGGAGGACUGCUUACAAGUCAAAACAAUAAAGACAGAGAAUUCUGUGAUGUAUCAGUCCAGUCCUGGUGGCCAGUCAUCAUGCAGCAGUGAACCAUCACCACUUGGGAGCACCAACAACAAUGACAGUGGAGUGGAAAUGAACAUGCACAGUGGGGGAAGUCUGGGGGACCUGACUGCGUUGGAGGAUAGUACUCCUGUUGUGGACUCGACAGUCUCAUCUGGCAACUCAACUGUCAGUCUUCAGCUAAGGAAACACAUGACAACAAUGCAACGCCUUGAGCAGCUCAAGAAAGAGAAACUCAGGACAGUGAAGGAUUCUUGCUCAUGGGCAAAUCCAGCACCACAAGUCAAAAACACCAAGCUGCCUCCCAUCCCAGGCAAUGGUUGUCUGCUGGACAAUAUGCGUGGCACCUCUACAACGUUGCCUAACCCAAGGAUAACUGAGCUGUCCAUCAGUGAAGUUACAAUGUUGAACCAACUAACUGAACGCCGUGACAGCUCAACCAGUACCAUCAGUUCUGCCUACACAGUCAGCCGCAGAUCAUCAGGAAUAUCCCCUUACUUCUCCAGCCGUCGUUCCAGUGAAGCUUCUCAAUUUGGAAAUCGUCCUAACAACACAAGCUCUGCUGACUCCUAUGACCCUAUUUCCACAGAUGCCUCUCGCCGGUCAAGUGAUGCCAGUCAGUGUAAUGGGGUCUCUGGUCUUUUGAAUCUCACACCAGCUCAGCAGUACAGGCUGAAAGCUAAGUAUGCUGCUGCCACUGGUGGCCCACCCCCUACCCCACUACCUAACAUGGAAAGAAUGACCCUGAGGAAUAAAAUAUCUCUCCUCGAUGGCUCAGAGCCUGCUUUGCCUUCAUUUCGUCUCCCUCCUGGGCCAAGGCGUUGUAGUGAUAGCAGUGCUUAUAUGUAUGGGGCAUCACCUGCAUUCUCUCAUGAAGUGUCUGGGAAUAGUGCCAGACGGGCAAGCGAUCCAGUGAGGAGACCUGCUGGAGACCCAAGCUCCCUUCCCAGAGUCCAUCCUUUCAACAGCACCAACAGCAUGAACCCUCCUCAUCCUCCUGCAGACAGAAGAAAUUUCAACCUUCCAGUCUUUCCACAUUCAGACAGAAGUCUUGCUAGGCAUGUAUAUUCCCCACGACCCCCAAGUAUUAGUGAAAAUAUUGCCAUGGAAGCAAUGCCUGGUGAGACAGAUAGUUCUGUGGGAGAUGACGAUAUUGUCCUACCCGAUGAUGUGGUACAAUAUAUCAAAUCCCAAAACAGUGGGAUUGCCACAGAGAACUCUUCUACAGGGUAUGGCAAUGAAAUGCAAAACUUCCAAGUGAAUGCAAAAGUGCAACAUAACAACACACUAAACCAACGCAGGAUGGCUAUUCCAGAUCUGAGUAUGAACCAUUCAACCUCUCUUGGUGGUGGAUGCCAAAUAAACUAUGGGGCUAACUCUGAUUUGCGUAAAAAUAACAUGCCAGUCCAGUGGAACGAGGUUAGCUCAGGAACUGUUGAUGCACCCUCUGCUCAAGCCAAACAGCAGUUCCCUCAGUGCAACUUAGCUGUAUUCCAUCAGAAGCAAAAUUUUGGUCAGUAUCAGAAUUUCAACCAGCAGCAGUUGCAGGUGGGUCAAAACAACAUGAAUGGGACUCUGCAGCAAUUUGUGCAGAAGAAUGCAAGCAUGGAUGGACAAAGGCUCAAUUGCAUGCACUUAAAGCAGCAACAGGUGAAUCCAGGUUCUGGUAACAACCUGGAUUUGAACUCACAUGAGGUGUACAACCAAGUUCAUCAAAUGCUAAGUCCAAAUAUGAUUGCUGGUGAUGUCACCCAGCUUUCUCCUUCCUGUAAUAACCUGACCAUGAAGCCUGCAUUCCACGCUCAUUCUCAGCAAAUAGAUAACGUGGCUGAUCCCAUUUCAUUAAUUAACAACGGCAGAGAAUAUGUGAUGCACAGUCAAGACAUGCAGGAACCAGGGUAUCAGCAGAGCUUUUCAUCUCAGCCAAGCCACAUGAACUUCUCCCUGACACAGGAGGACUUUCACCAGGCUUCUGCAUUACUGACUUCAGCUCAACCAAACUUUGAGCCACAACAGAAUAUGAUAGGUACAGUUGGACAGAGCUUCACUUCCUCAGUGGUACAACCUCACCCCCCACCUAAUCCUAAUCCAGGAAACAAGCACCCAGGAGUCCGUGCCGUGCAGCAGUUGGGAUACAUGAGAACAUCUCACCCAACAAAUGAUGUGAGCCCAGGGCAGGAAAGGGCAAACUCUUCCCCCAAGAGAACAACUGCUGUAGGACCAUUGCAACCACAAUUCAACAGUAGUAUGAGGGAAAGCCAUUUGAUGCACUAUUAUGGUCAAAUACACAUGUAUGAACAAAAUGGAAAUCUUAAUAACCAUACAGAUUACAGCGUAAGACAACAAUGUGCAUUGAACAUCAAACCAGCCACCAUGCCUUCCCCUGGUGCUAAUCAAGUUUCUAGCACAGUGGAUUCUCAGGUUCCAGAGCCUCCUCAGAUAGAUUUUGAUGCUAUCAUGGAUGAUGGUGACCAUUCAAGUCUGAUGUCAGGAACCUUGAGCCCUAGCAUCCUGCAGAAUCUCUCUCAGAACUCUUCUCGCCUUACAACUCCCCGAAAUUCUCUGACACUGCCAUCUAUACCAACUGGAAUUAGUAAUAUGGCAAUAGGGGACAUGAGCUCUAUGUUGACCACCCUGGCAGAAGAGAGCAAAUUUCUUAACAUGAUGUCUUAAUGCAUAAAGCACAAAUGUCUAGAAGUAUCCAGAGAUUAUGUGCUGAGCAAUGUUAUGAAUGUGCUUUUUAAAAAAAAAAAAAAGGAAAGAAGUUUCCAUAGAGUAGACUUUUACAAGUAUUAAAACAUAUUAAGGGAAUUCCAAAUAAGAAAAAAUAUCUUUGUACAAACAUGCAUAAACUAUAUAAAAGCACUGAAAGGAUGCACUUCUAGUAUUAUUUUUGUGCUUGUUUUUCAGAGUGCUCAAAGAUGCCACCAUCCUCCUUACAGUGCUUCUAAAGUGUCACCAUUUAUACAAGACUGAAAGGUCUCAUUGAGAAUCCUCUUAAAAACCUGACUGCCAUUGCCACCAUCCCUUCCCUUGUUAGUUUUCAAAGGGUUAACAUUUCUCAACCCAUCAACCUCAAAAAUAGAUGGGGCUUUGCCAGUGGUGGGACCCUCAAAAGCCAUGUGUUAAAAUAAUGAGAAGCAAUGUUUCAGAUGAAGCUUUGCUUUUUGCAAUCUCCUUUUGGCUUUCCCUUACCUAUAGCUGCAAGUACGCAAUGCCUUGUCCUCCCUAGCGACAGACCUAAAUUUAACCAUAUGCAAAGCCAUACUAUAAAUGCUUCAUGCUUUGCUGGUGACCAGAUGUACAUGCAUGCGCAGACACACACACACACACGCACACACACUUUAUUUUUACAGCCAGUAUCGCUCUUUGUACCUUGCAGCUUAGCUGAGAAUCAGCUUUGCAGCGAAGUGCCUUACUGUGCAUUAGCAGUUGAGUCGUCAAGGCAUCUAUUGUCCAUUAAUGUCAAAUAAAGUGUACUGCCAGAAGCAUAUAUAAAAUAAAGGUGCAUUAAUAUAAGGCAUUGCAGUGUUGCUAAAAGGACAUUUGAGAGAGACACAUUGAUGGGGAAAUGUGAAAGACUUAAUGCCUUAGUUGUGGCAGAGGGGGCGGUUCUGAUCAGAGGAUAUGGAGAAUAUAGUGGAGAUUUGAAAAUGAAACUAACUUAAAAAUAUAGUAGAAAAAUGUCCCUACCAUGCACGAUAUGAAACACAGAUCACUCUGAGUUUCUACUGACUUCACUUUGGAAUUGGUCAUACAAAAAGAACAGUGCUGGAGUUUGUUAAGCAUGACAUGAUAAAAGUGAUGCUGCAGAAGUGUGUACAUUUUUAUGUCAUAAAAUUUGCCCAUCUCUCCCAGUUGUGUGUUCUAUCAAACUGUUUAAUUACACACUACAUGGGUUGGCUCCGACUAAUAUCUCACUUUGGAGGUGGCCAUCUGGCUUUGGUAAAAAUGAUCUUCUGUUUGUUUGACCAGUGAUGAUACCUCAGCAUUAUUAUAAGACUGAAAGUUGCUCAGAAUUCCUUGGAAAAGAGGGGUAGCACAGAAAGGAGUAAAUAAGUUAAGCAUGAAAUAAAUAAAGCUGUGUGCCUCUCCAAACCUACUGUUGGAACACUGAGGUGUCAUCAUCUCUUGAAGGCUUAGUGUAGCUGCUUUGAGGACCUUCCCAUAUUGUCUAAGCAUGGAGAAAACAUGGAAGUUCAACAGCAGUCCUGCAGAAGGGUUUUCUGUGUCUUUGCCAGUGUGCUCAGGUGAAAUGGGGAGGCCCUUGAAAAGCCAAACCUUCAAGAUGGCAUGACACUUCACAGUAUAGAGUAGUGGAAUGGUUUGUCCAGCCCUAAUCUGUUCAGUGCUACAUGCUCAUCAACUUGGGCCCACAAAAACGAAUGGUGCUAUUGCAAGAAUGCAUGGCAAACUUGUAGUCGGUUAUGUGUAUUACUGCUUCUAAGUUGCCAUACAAUUGCCAUGUAUUUAGCAAAAGUAUACUAGCUAUUUGUAUGCAUUACCCCUCCAGUAAGAAGAUACAUCCAUGCCUACUGUCCCCUCUCUCUUAUGACAAUUUUUGGUGUGAGUAAGCAACUCUUGCCAAAACUCUGCAUUUCAUUCAGGAGAAGUAUUUACACUGCAUAAUUGCAUCAAUUCAUGCAAACCAGUGGGGGUGUUUACACAUUUAUUUAACUGCAUUUUUGAAAGCAUUAUUUUGAAAAAGAAAAUUAUGAGAUCAGACAAUCAUUAAGGGCAGAGAUUCCAGCCAAGAAAAGCCUGUGAAAAGAGUAGAACGUGAAACAGGGUAGGAUGGGUGUAAAAUGUGAAAAACAUGGCAUACCAAUGCUUGCGUUUUUAUAAAGGGGCUCAUUAGAUUUGAGCUAAGCCAUUCAAGCCCAAAUCAUUGGCAUCACAUAGCAAACUACAUCAGUAUUUGUCUAGCCAACAUCUCUGGGUAACUCUGAUGAAACAGAUUUCACCCUGUCCUAUACAGCUUCUCCUGCUUUCCCAAACCUGCUUCAGAUGGCUGAAGUUUAUCUAAAACAGGUUGAGCACACCAGAAGGAGGAGCAAGCAUCGUGCAAGCAGAAAGCUCCUUGUGAGAAGUUGGGUUUUACACUUCAGCAGAAUUAUAGAAAGCAUAGCUGUAAAAGGAUGAUGUAUUAUAAAUUCCCUGCUUUAUAUAUUUGUACAUUUGAUUAGAGUGAUUUGUUUCAUUAUUUAUUUUUGAACUGAAAAAAAAAAAAGGCAUGUAAACCCAGUUGUUUAAAGAAACAGAGGCCCCAAGAGUCUCUUUGCUCAUCUUUUCGAUCAGUAUUCUGUAUCAGAAUCUGUACAUCGCACUGACACCAGGAUCACUUGGCAGUGCCAUUUACCCACCUAGCAGCCUCCAUCUUGGAAAUACAGGUAGUCCCCAGGUUAAGAACGCCCAGUUUUAGGACAACCCAUAGUU